AAUGCCUCCUAAUUCCCCACCAAAAGUAUCGGACGACAAACGUGUUCGUGCUACAGCCCCAAUGGCACUCGCAGUCUGAGAAUCCGUCGUCUUUUUCUUCUAUUUUUCACUGCCACAUGUAACGCACGUGUCGUCCGGUUCCAGGAACUGUGCCGUCGUUAACCGUUUGUGCGCUGGCCGAAAGCUGCGCUCGCGAGCGCGUUUGAAAUCAUAUCCACGUCAUUAAGACAUUAGGAUACAUCCAUGCAUGUUAACCUGAACUAAUCGCUCGAGUUGUUGUAGUGGGUCAGGGUUUUUAAGGGAAAAAAAAUCUUAGAUGUGAAAGAUGCUUUGAGUGAAUCGGAUUUGAGUGUGCACGAGACGGAUGUGAGACUCCCAGUAAUCCAGGUCGGGUGUUGUGGCUCGCUCAUCUCCCAUGUUGUGACUACCAGCAACAGCAACAGAGCGAGGCGCUGCCCGACGCUCAGCCAUUUCUUCAAGUUCCUGUUCAAGUUCUUUUUUUUUUGUUUUGUUUAUUUUCUUUGUCUUUCUUUUUUUCAUCAUAUAUCUAUAUUCAGAUAUAUACACAGAGAGAGAGAAAACAUGGCUGAUUACGCGGACGACACCGGAGCGCGAGCACUGCUGGCCCUGAAGUCCGCGCCGUGCAGUCCGGUGCGCGGAGCGAGUCCGCCGUCGGCGCACGCGCUCUCGCCCGCGCCGCUCUCGCCCCCGGCGCAGGCCCUCGCGCGUCUCCACGGCCGCGACUUCGAGUUCGUCAUGCGCCAGCGCUCCGUCACGGUGGGGCGCAACUCGUCGCACGGCUCCGUGGACGUCAACAUGGGCCACUCGAGCUUCAUCUCGCGGCGCCACUUGCAGAUCACCUUCGAGGAGCCCGACUUCUAUCUGCGCUGCCUGGGCAAGAACGGCGUGUUCGUGGACGGCGUGUUUCAGAGGAGAGGCGCGCCGCCGAUCCAGCUACCCAGAGAGUGCACGUUUCGUUUCCCUAGCACGGUGAUAAAGAUCCAGUUUACGGCACUGUACCACAAAGAGGUGCUGAAGGAGGAGGCGUCCGUGUCCCCGGUGAGACCCCUGUACCCGCAGAUCUCACCACUGAAAAUCACCAUUCCUGAAAAUGACUUCAGAAGCAUGAUGAGUCCCCUGCCUUCACCCACAGGAACCAUCAGUGUACCCAACUCCUGUCCGGCGAGUCCUCGGGGCGCAGGCUCUUCUGGCUACCGCUACGGACGCAACAUAACCUCUGACCUGCAGUUGGCGGCGGAGUAUGCGGCCAAAGCUGUAUCAGAGCAUCGCACAGAGGUGUCUGACCGAGACAGCCCCAAGGACGAGUCCAAGCCUCCAUACUCGUACGCACAGCUGAUUGUUCAGGCCAUAUCGUCAGCUCCAGAGCGACAGCUGACACUAAGCGGCAUCUACGCGCACAUCACCAAGCAUUACCCCUACUACAGGACAGCGGAUAAGGGCUGGCAGAACUCCAUCAGGCACAACCUGUCGCUGAACCGCUACUUCAUCAAAGUGCCCCGCUCUCAGGAGGAGCCGGGGAAGGGUUCGUUCUGGCGCGUCGACCCCUCGUCAGAGGCCAAGCUGGUGGAGCAGUCCUUCCGCAAACGCCGUCAGAGAGGAGUGUCCUGCUUCCGGACACCGUUCGGUCCACUGUCCUCAAGGAGUGCUCCAGCCUCGCCCACUCACUCGGGCCUGCUGUCUCCUCACUCGAGUGGCCUGCAGACUCCUGAGUGUCUGUCUCGAGAGGGCUCGCCUGUUUCCCACGAGCACGAGUUUAGCAGCAAGUUGGCCUCAGUGCCCGAGUUCAGAUACUCUCAGAGCGCUCCAGGAUCUCCGGUGAGCGCGCAGCCUGUGAUCGUGGCCGUGCCUCCUCAGCCUUCGGUGGCGGUGGCGAAGCCCGUGGCCUACAUGCCGGCGUCCAUCCUCUCCUCUCAGCAAGCCUCGGGUCAGGCUGUGCACGUGCUCCAGCAAGCUCCAGCCGUCACCAUGGUGCGCGUUCUCAACACCACCUCCAGCUCCGCCAACGGAUACGUCCUGGCCAACGUUGGCUCCGGGGAAAGUUCUGGAGAACACAGAGGUGCUGUGGAGGAGAUGGCAGCCCCCGCCUCCAUCCUCGCAGGCAGUCGAGUGAUUCAGUCUGUGGGGAGUCACCUGAGUUCAGCCUCUAGAGGGCAGCAGAGUUACGCUGUUCUGCAGGCAACUUCCAUGCCUUUGGGGCAGCACCAGCUCCCGGUGCAGACCAUCACCCAGAACGGCAAACACGCCCUACCCACUGCCACCAUCUCACCCAACACUUACGCUCUCACCAACCCUCUUCAGAUCCUGGCAGCGCAGGCCUCCACCUCGCCCCCGGUGCUAGUCAACAGACCCUCCAGCGUGGAGAUGGAGGAAGUGGGGCUGCAGGAGCCCGAGGCUAAACGGCCCAGGAAGGAGGAUGAAGGCAUGGUGUCGGUCCCUCAGCCGGUCAUUGUGGCGAUGACCCCGGAGUCCAGUGACUGAGCGUAGGGAUCGAGAGAGCGAGUGAGUGGAUAGGAUGGUUAACACAAGCCCCCAACAAUAGUGUUAGCACAACAUGCCAUUGUCAUUGAGGGGAAUUAGAGUUUGGUGAUUGAUUUUUUUUUUUUUUUUCUUCUUUCCUUUUACUUCAACGAUUUGUGAGAGAACAAGCCCGGAACGAGUGUGUUGCAUCAUAAGGGUGUGUAGGAGCUAAACGCAUUUAUCCUUUAAGCCUUAAAAAGAAAAAAUGCUAAGACGGUUUUAAUUUGGUGGGCUUCUUUAAAGAGGAUGGGAGCGGCCCCUUAAAGCUGUUAGAGAGGUGAAUGCACAAGCAAGGCACCGUGCUGACGUCUAGUUCCUCACAAGGUACAGUCUAAAGCAGUACUCACUCUGGGUUAGGGCGGGACCAAUAAUAACACGAUAACUAAGCAGCUACUUCUCUACGGGAGCACUGGCCUCUCUCUCAGAGUCGACUCUUCAGAGCUCUCACGGCUUUCUGUCAUCUCCAGCUUGGAUUUAUUUAUGAGUCUGUGCUUAAAGCAUGGGUUAGAAACACCGUCUGGUUAAAAAAAAAAAAAAAAAAAUAUCGGAUUGGAAACAAUUUCACGCACAUGCAAAUAAGUCGUACAUUUCAAGGCCUUUUUUUUUUAAAUUAUUUCCAGCCUUGAAGUCUUUAACGUGCUCGAAAGUAUUUUUUCUAUGGUGGGCUAUAACCUUGCGUAUUUCGAUGGAAGUUGUGAAGAGAAAUUUCUAGCACAAAAGUCUGUUUGAGAAGCAAACUCGAUGAAUGUAUGUAGCUUCUGUUCCUUUUUUUUUUUUUUUUUCAUUGUUCAUGGCUCCCUCUCCAACUAAAUACAUGUUAAGAAAUUUCGAAUGUGAUGUCCUCAAUGUUUGUUUGUUUUAAGGAAAGUUAAGGCCCUUCAGCUAAACUGUUCAGGUUACAUACACACCCUCUCACACACACACCCUCUCACACAAACACACCCUCACACACACACACAGACACAUCCAUACACACACAGAUACACACACAGACACAUACAUACACACAUAGACACAUACAUACACACACAGACACACACACACACACACCCUCUCUCACACACAUACAUACACACACAGACACACACACAUACACAUACACACACACACAGCUGGCCAUUCUCUGUGUGUUUUUCACACCACAUAUUGGCUAAGAAUGACAUUACCUACGUCGAUAUGUAUUAUUUAAUAAUAAUGUUUCCACACACGCAUUAAUAAAUGCCGGCUUAUCUCAUUACAAUGAGGGGCUACUGACAACCAAAAAUGUUUUUUUUUUUUUCUUUUCUUAUUUCUAUUUCUAAAGACCCAGGAAUGUAAUGAUAUUAUUAAUAUUAAUUAUUUAGAGAGGCUUCCAGAGACUUUUCCGCCUUCCCCUAACUUUAGGAUGAUGCUGAGAGGCACUUAAUGAAUGUUAAACACUUUUCUAAACAAACGUUCUCAUCACUUUUAUUCACGGUUAUUCUUGUUGUUGCUGAUAUUUUUACUAAAUGGAGUACAAAUCCAGUGUUUGACAAUCACUAACCUAACAACAUGGUGUCAGUUUCCACAAAGAUAUAAAGAAGCAACAACAACCAGACGUCGCAAUAUUUAUCCUGAGAAAACACUCGAAAAGACCAAAUGCAUAUUACUAUUAUUAUUAUAAUUAUUAUUAUUGUUAUUAUUAUCCACUUCAUUAUAGUGCCUUGAGCCCUGUAGCAAAGAUACUGCUUCAAACUCUACUACCUGCUGCUUGGAAGUUAAAACACUGAAGCUUUUUCACUCUUCAGGGUUGGAAUGAUACGAGAACACUGUCCCAUCAUCUGUCAACAUGAACUAGUUUAGUUAAUGCGAAGUGAUCAAAACAAACUAAAACGUUGGUUUUUUUUUUUCUUUCUAACAGCACAUAUACUGAAAUGAUCAAUUUUUCUCAGUAAAUAAUCUCAAUCUCCAUAAUGGCUUAACAUGGGGGAGGAAAAGUGUGUGUGGUUGGGGGGGGGUAGUCAGGAGGUGGUUUUUUUUUUUUUUAAUGUGUGUAUGUAAUAUUAAUAAAUGCGUAUAUUUUUUCCUCUUUUAGUUAUAAUGUCUUCUUUAAUGCUCCUCGCUGUCUGUAAAUCUACACCAGUAAGAAACCAUGAAAGAUCUCUCUCAGAUGGGAAUCCCUGUACCGCUCGUGUUCGGUUCAUUAUAUGGAGUUCAAUUAAAGCGUUAAAGCAUUAAGAGCUGGAAGCUUUUAAACCUCUCAGUAAUGAUGAAGCACUUGGUUUUCCGAGUUUCUGUUUUGUUUUUUUUCUUUCCCCUCCUUAAACCCACUGAAUGAAAUUUUUCACUGCCGAUGAUAUAUAUAAUAUUUUUUUUUUUUGCGUGUCUCUCAGUGAUUCUCCGAAGUAUUUUUGUCCGCCGAUCUCGAUGUAUUUGAUUCGUGUGCUUAUUUUUAUUUUUAUUUUUUUUGGUAUUUUGAUGCAUAUUAGCUUAUGCAAGUGUUUAUACACUAAACAUUUAUAAUUUAAAGAAUUAAGUCUAAUAAACUGAUGCACGUUUUCUUUACACUUAUUAGUCACUAGGACCUGCCUUUACUGAUCUGUACAUGAACCGCAUUAGCAGCGAGACCGUCAUCUUUACAAGCCGUUACUCUUUAACCAUCCUGCCGCUCGUUAUACGUUCAGUAGUAUUUAUCUGAUCUUUUCACUCAUCCUGACAGAUUAAAUGUCGCUUUAUUUGUUCUUUUUCUGGUGUCCAGCAGCUGAAACAGGGCUACGACAGUGUCAUGAUUUAGCUUUCUUAACCAGUUUACUAACAGAGCGUGUUAUGAACUGUUUUAUAUUUUAGUCACUGUGUUCAUAUAGGGCUGUUUGUUCAAAGCUUUCGUCUCAGCAGAUUUUCACCGAACUCUGCUCUGUAUAUUCGUAUAAAACAACAGAGAAUCCUUGUUUGAGGGGGAAAAAAAGAGCUAUAGAUAAUACCGGAUAAUUUCUGAAAGGAACUAUUUUUAUAUCCAUGCCUGUCAUUUCUUUGGAAACUUUUCACUCAUGCAAAAACUAUUAUAUACCUGGUGUCUCGUUCUUUGUCUUUUUUUUUUUUUUUUUUUCCCCAAUUUUCUUUUCAGAUUCAACCUGAUUACACGCAAGAAGUUUUAAUGUAAUAAUGCAUUUCUCUAUGCACAUGUGCAGCUCUUGUCUGUUUUCUUUACUGCCUUGUGGAAAGCUCUAGGAAAUGCUGAAAUGUGACCACAGCCUAUUAAAAGGUUUGAGAUGUCCAAGG